CGAAAUAAACAGCUGUUCACCCGGCCGCAGCAUGCAAAACAGUUCACCUCAAUAUUAUUAUCAUUAAAGUGUAUAUUUUAUUGUAUUUCAUAAGUGAGAGUUAAUUCGAUAUUAUCGUCUUGUGAGUUGAACUGAACUAUUGUAUAGUAACUGAGCACAUUAACUUUGGCAACAUGAACUUCUUGCGUCAAACAUUCAACGUUACGAAACAAUUGACGGCCCAAGCGUUGCAGAGCAGUUAUGUCAGUGUGAGUGGCGCAUUGCGGGGCAUGGCGUCGCUGCAGCAGAUGCAUCGGACGGGGCCACACAUUAAGACGCGUCCGCCGCGUCAGCCGCUGGAUGGGAAACCGUUUGCCAAGGGCGUUGUGCUCAAGACGCUGAUCAAGAAGCCAAAGAAACCGAAUUCGGCGAAUCGCAAGUGUGCCCUGGUGCGUCUGUCCACUGGCAAGGAGAUGGUCGCCUAUAUACCCGGCAUCGGGCACAAUCUGCAGGAGCACAACAUCGUCCUGUGUCGCGUUGGACGGCUGCAGGAUGUGCCCGGCGUCAAGCUGAAGGCAGUGCGCGGUGUCUACGAUCUGGCGCAUGUCAUCAAGAAGACCCAAUAAUCUGCCAAUCGUCAUUUUGCACCUACAUCCACUCUAUAAAUAACCAAAACAAAAUAAAAUAAGUGAAACCCAA